AUGAAAAUGGAGAAGAUUACUAUCUGUGGACCUACAAAAACUUGAAAUAGGUUUUAAUGGAAAUCGAAUUGUUGAUGUUAAUCUAACUAGUGAAGGGAAGGUGAAACUGGUUCCCAAUACUAAAAUCCAAAUGUCAUAUUCAGUAAAAUGGAAAAGGUCAGAUGUAAAAUUUGAAGAUCGAUUUGACAAAUAUCUUGAUCCAUCCUUUUUUCAACACAGGAUUCAUUGGUUUUCAAUCUUCAACUCCUUCAUGAUGGUGAUAUUCUUGGUUGGCUUAGUUUCAAUUAUUUUAAUGAGAACUUUAAGGAAGGAUUAUGCACGUUACAGUAAAGAAGAAGAAAUGGAUGACAUGGAUAGAGACCCAGGAGAUGAGUAUGGAUGGAAGCAGGUGCAUGGAGAUGUAUUCAGACCGUCAAGUCACCCACUGAUAUUUUCCUCUCUCAUUGGUUCUGGAUGUCAGAUAUUUGCUGUGUCUCUCAUUGUUAUUAUUGUUGCAAUGAUAGAAGACUUAUAUACAGAGAGGGGAUCAAUGCUCAGUACAGCCAUAUUUGUCUAUGCUGCUACAUCUCCAGUGAAUGGUUAUUUUGGAGGAAGUCUGUAUGCUAGACAAGGAGGAAGGAGAUGGAUAAAACAGAUGUUUAUUGGGGCAUUUCUUAUCCCAGCUAUGGUGUGUGGUACAGCAUUCUUCAUCAACUUUAUAGCCAUCUAUUACCAUGCUUCUAGAGCCAUUUCUUUUGGAACAAUGGUGGCCGUUUGUUGCAUCUGUUUUUUUGUUAUUCUUCCUCUAAAUCUUGUUGGUACAAUACUUGGCCGAAAUUUGUCAGGUCAGCCCAACUUUCCUUGUCGUGUCAAUGCAGUGCCUCGUCCCAUACCAGAGAAAAAAUGGUUCAUGGAGCCUGCAGUUAUUGUUUGCCUGGGAGGAAUUUUACCCUUCGGCUCAAUCUUUAUUGAAAUGUAUUUCAUCUUCACGUCUUUCUGGGCAUAUAAGAUCUACUAUGUCUAUGGCUUCAUGAUGCUGGUGCUGGUCAUCCUGUGCAUAGUGACCGUCUGUGUGACCAUUGUGUGCACAUACUUUCUACUAAAUGCAGAGGAUUAUAGAUGGCAAUGGACAGGUUUUCUCUCUGCUGCAUCAACUGCAAUCUAUGUUUACAUGUAUUCCUUUUACUGCUAUUUUUUCAAAACAAAGAUGUAUGGCUUAUUUCAAACAUCAUUUUACUUCGGAUACAUGGCAGUAUUUAGCACAGCCUUGGGGAUAAUGUGUGGAGCAAUUGGUUACAUGGGAACAAGUGCCUUUGUCCGAAAAAUCUAUACUAAUGUGAAAAUUGACUAGAGACCCAAGAAAAUCUGGAACUUCGGAUCAAAAUAGGGGUGGAACUUGCACAGCAUAAAAAGAGCAAGAAGAGAUUUGGGCUUUAACACUGGGUAUUCUGUGGGUCUCUCUUUCGUGGAUGACUUAAAGUAACAUCUAUUUUCAUUGAUCCUAGGUUCUUAGUGACUGCUUUCUCCAACUGUUCACAGCAAAUGCUUGGAUUUUAUGCAGUAGGCAUUACUACAGUACAUGGCUAAUCUUCCCAAAAACUAGCUCAUUAAAAAUGAAAUAGACCAGCUCUCUUC